ACAGCUGAUUGUCAAAUACGUCGUAUAGUGAAAACACUGAAAAAUGUCUCGAUCUCUUAGUUGUGAUGAAAAUGGUGGUAUUGGUUUAAAUAUGGCGAAUAUUGCAUGUCCUCUACCAUAUAUUUCUAAGAGGGAAUAUGGUCAGAUAUCAGAUAUUAAGUCUCAUUUGUUUAAUAAAAGACUUCUCGCAGCUAAAAACUUGUAUCGCCGUGAUCUAGUGUGUCAUUUUGGCUGUGUUAAUGCGAUUGAAUUUUCCAGCAAUGGCGAGUUGCUUGUAUCAGGUGGAGAUGAUAGACGCGUUAUGCUUUGGCAAUUUGGGCAGACUCUCCUACAUUAUGGAAAACCAGAAGCAAUGAAAGCUCUACAUCAAUCAAAUAUAUUUUGCCUAGGCAUCACAUCUGACAAUCAAAAAAUAUAUUCUGGAGGAAAUGAUGAUAUAGUGAUUGUACAUGAUUUAGAAUGCAAAUGCCCUAUGGAAGUACUACAGCAUCAAAGAGCUGUAUGCAGUUUAAGUAUUGACCCCUUCAAUGAGAAAGUUAUUUCAACAGCUGGAAAUGAUGGCCGCCUGCUUCUGUUUGACACUAGACAGUCUGUUCACGAGUCGUUAGUUAUCGCUCGCAGCGUAAAAGCUUUCCACGGUGUGAUGUUUCACCCCCAACAGGUCGGCAUUCUUGUAUCUGCCAAUGCACGGGAUGGGGUUGCACUGUGGGAUUUAAGGUCGCCAAAACACCCGGUUCUCCGCUACGGGGGUAAACACUCGUGUCAGAAUAGUAUGAGUGUGCGUUUCAACCAAGCUGGCACACACAUUCUCGCUUUGCGCCGACGUAUGGCGCCAGUACUAUACGCGGUACAGGCUCCCGAGCCGGUGGCGGAGUUCUAUCAUCAGGAUUAUUACAAUUCGUGUACGAUGAAGAGCUGUUGCUUCGCGGGGAAAGGCGAUGAGUAUGUGCUCUCCGGAUCUGAUGAUUUUAAUUUGUAUAUGUGGAAGAUACCGGAUACAGGGGGCGGAACUGAUACAGCGGUGGAGUUGCCGCAUAUAGUGUUAUAUGGUCACAGAUCAAUCGUGAACCAGGUCCGAUAUAACAACCACUAUUGUCUCAUUGCUUCAUCAGGAGUUGAGAAAAUUAUUAAAGUUUGGUCGGCGUUAGAGUAUCCAGAAAUGCGGGGAACAUUAUUGGAAGAGGCCCAGGGGUCGGACAAUCCGAGGGAGAUAUACAGCCAUGAGGAUUAUGUCUCUCUGGUACAUCACAGCGGACAGUCGAUAUCCCACAACUAUGCGGAACAAUCGACAAGCGAAGAUCCCCGUAUGAUGGCAUUCUUCGAUUCCCUUGUUCAACGUGAGCUUGAAUGUCUGGCUGAGGAGACUGACUCGUUGGACGGAUCCAGUUCAGCAUCACGAGCCGCCCACGACUCUGAUUCAAGCACGGAUCAUAUUGUCGUCGAUCUUUUACCCUUGCCGCCUAAGAGAGCGUCCCAAAAUGGCAGUAGGAGUUUGCGUUGUCCUAACCGGCUUGCGCGUCUGGUUGCAACGCGGUAUCCUAAAAAUUCCAGAGCCCAAAAGAGAGGAUCGCUAAGGCGAGAUAAGCAGUCCCGCCCAUGCGUGAGCAAGACAGGCAAGAGUAUAUCGGGGGCAAGUUGUAAGGGCAAACGGGCAGCUCGGCGUGUGCGCGGUAUACGUCGGCCCGUGACGCGUACGCUGGCGCCGCGUACACGUAUAUCAGCGCCAUCUAGUGAAAGAACUGAUUCAGAUGAACCCACCCAUUCUAUGUUUAGGAAUUCUGGGCGGAUUAUACGACCACUACGCAGACGCCUUAGUUUAACUAGAUCUUCAAAAAGAAAAAGUAAAGUCAAUAGUUUUAGGAAGUCAGUAUUAAGAAAUAAUGGUACAACGACACAAGACAGCAGUGACAAUAAUAUUUUUUCUAAUUUCGAUGAUAAUCUAGCAGUACCGAGUACAAGUACUGGUUACAGAGGCCAAAACUCGGCACUAUUUCGAAUAGCUGAAGUAGACUCUGAUGAUGACCAGUCAGCGAGCAGUAGACCAAUAUCCCCAAGGAACCAGAAUAAUAUUCCCACCAACUUAGUAAGCAUUAUCCCCACACCGAUUAAUGGUUCUAGAGAUUCCUUAGGAGACUCUUUAAAUGUUGAACCUCCAUCUCCCCACGAAAUACGCAGAAUCAAUCCAAGGAGAUCAAGACGGAACGGCAGACAGCUUCAAAGGUCAGAUUCCAGUGAAUCACCUCCCCCUAAAGAGUUAUCUAUACCCACGUCCCCCCCAGGUUACAAUAGAACACUUGCUAGAUUGAUGAAUGAAACGAAUGAGAGUGAGUUAGAGAGCAGUUGUUCCACGGAAAGUAAUCUUUGGCCGGCUCCAAGUGUGAAUGAAUCUGAUAAUCAAAUAGUCAAAUUCAGGCAGCGUGUGAAAAAGCCGCGGAGGAAUUUUAGGAGUCACAUGGAUUCUGACUCAAAUUAAUUGUGAUCUCCUGUUAGUUAUAGUAAUUUUGAAAGAGGUUUAAAGUUUUAGGUUACAGUGUUAAUGGGAGGUAGUUGUCUAUAAUUUCUUUGAUUGCAAUAGACAAAUCAGGCGCUGGCGCUGUAGUUUAAUUUGUUUUCGAUGCUUAAUAUUAAAGUCAAAAACCCUGCAUGUGUUGAAAUUGAUGAAUCUGUGGUGUCAUAAUUUAUAGAUUUCUAUGUCUAUGAAAUUGGCGUUGUUAUAUUACCUUCGCUAUGGCUAUUAUCUAUGACGAACAGCGUCUAUUGUAUUCAACUGUCCCUCGUAUUAAUAUUGUAAAAUUAUAAUAUUUUACACGUAAAAUAUUUAAAUGAUUUAACUAAAUAUCUAAAUUGCAACAGAAUCAAUAUUGCCUAUAUUGAUGAAAUAAUAAUUCAUGCUGGGGUUUAAUUUUGGACGCUACCUCUCAACAAUUCGCUUUACUAUAGGCCUGUAUUCACUUUAGAUCAGUAAUUUAGUAUGAUUAGUGCAGGUGUGUAGUGAAGGGGAGUCCAAUUCUUCUGUAGUGGCUCUGUUUAGUUAUUUCAGUAGUCGAUAGCUGUCAAUCAUAUUUUGACAAGCUACGAGUGAGGGGGAAGGAUGUGGCUACUCGUAGUUAACUCGCAAAAAAAUGAACACGCUUCUUAUCACGCCACUACGCAGAGAACUAAUCACCUGCACAAUUCACUAAUCAAAGUGAAUACAGGCCUUAUGACCAAGUAUUGCGUUUGGAAAAACAUUUGUAUUAUACCACUUUCCAUAAGGAGACUUUUUUAAAUAUUGGACUGCAUAUAAAGCUAUUUUAUGGCGUAAAAGAUUUUUCUUAUACAUUUAAUUAUAAAUGGAUUUAUCAGGUAAAAAUAUUUUACGGCAAUUGUAACGUGUCGUUAAUCGAUAUGUUCGCAAGAUAAUGCCGUACGCACAUUGUUUUAUAUUGUAGAGUUAGGCAUGCCUUUAUCUAAAGAAGAAAUCGGCCAAUAAUGUGUAUAGGUGCUCUCGCCUCAUUGACGUGUCGGUUUGUGGGCCAGUCUCGUUUAAAUUGGGCCAUUACUAUUAAACAUGGACUAAAAGUAUGUAGGGAUAAUAUUGCAAACUAUGGUAAUAAGUAAGGCCGAAAGGAUUUGGCUCUGUCUGUUAAACGAAUGUGUCUAGUAAGCUCUCUGAUUCGCCAUAGACAAUUAAUUAUUGUCAAAUGAGAUUGAGGUAUUUUGAAUAUUGUAUAAUUAUACCCGAAGUGAAUGUUUUCAUUUGUCAAGGCUAUCUACUUAUUGAAAUUAAAUAUUAUUUGUACAUGCAUUUAUUCACCAAAAAAUCAUUUUUCAUAUGUACACUCGUGAAUUUGACAUAUUUAGUUUAUAAAUUGAAAUUGU